AUGGCCGGUCCUGCACAUGAACCAUAUGAUGAUCCUAAGUUGCAAGGAUUUUCAAGAUAUUUCAAUAAUCAAACCAUUAAGGGAAGGGCAAAUGUAUCUUUGGCCACAUUAGUUUUUCUUUUUACCGGAUUUACAUGUAUAAAAGUAAUGAAGAGAAAAGAUUUGUCAAAUAUGCCAAAAUCUGAAAAUAGUGAAAUUUCAAAAUAA